UUCAUUUCAUUACAAAGUGAGUUACACAAUUCUAUCUCUCCAAUUUAAUUCAAGAAAAAAGUCUAUCUCUGAAGCAAGAAGUUGAGACUCGAUCUACAGCCAUGGGAAGAAGCAAGAGUAAGUCCUUGUGUCGUAUGUCUGAUGUUGCAAAACCUCACAAACUUUCUCGACGAUGGGAUCCACCGCUCACCGUCUGCAUAUCUUGCAAAGGCCAACAAUACGUUGGGAAUAGGCGUGGUAACUAUUACUAUUGUGCUACUUGUGAUGUUGAAUUUCACGAAGGCUGUCACUUGUUUCCUCCAGAGAUCAGACACCCUUUCCACCUUCAUCACCCGCUCACCCUCACCUUCUUAGAUCAUGAUCUUGAUAGCUCUGAGAUCCCUGAAAUUUGGUUUGGCCUAACCUUGGAUUUUUACAAGGUUAAAUCUGAAGGAGAUGAAGAAGAAGAAUGUGCUUCUGCUUCAGAUGGGAAUCACAGUAGAUGCAAAUCUUGUCGGGAAAAUAUUACAUAUAACAGCGACAUCAAGUAUGUUCGUUUUUCCGAUAUAACAUAUUAUCAUUGUUCUGUCUGCAAUUUCAGUCUACACUCACUUUGCGUAAAGGAUUCACCACCUCUCACUAUUAAAAACCUAAAAAGCCAUGACCACACUCUUACCCUCUUCCCAAGAAAACUCCCUUUGCCUUGUGAUGCUUGUGGCUUUUCACUUGACGCUCGCAAUGAUUCAGUUUACUCUUGUCUGAUUUGUAACUACAUGGUCCAUAGAAGAUGUAUCUACUUACCUCGUGUCAUUAAGAUCACUCGUCACCAGCAUCGACUCUCUUACACUUCCUCCCUUGUUCCUUCUGGUGAUGAGCUCUCUUGUGGUGUUUGUCGCAAGCUCGUUGACGUCAACUACGGUCAAUUCUCUUGCAACAAGGGAUGCCACUAUGCUGUCCAUUCGAAAUGUGCAACAAACAAUGAAGUGUGGGAUGGGAAAGAUCUUGAAGGAGUGCCUGAAGAAGAAGAAGAAGAUGUUGAGCCAUUCGUGAGGACUGAUGAAGAGACGAUACAACAUUUCAGUCAUGACCAUCACUAUCUAAAGAUCCAUCAUGCGAAUGACAACCAUGGAAACAAGUUUUGCGAAGCCUGCAUCCUUCCGAUAACAGUUUCAGAUAGCUUCUACAGCUGUGUCCAAUGCGAUUUUGUUCUCCACGAAACAUGUGCAUGCCUUCCUCGCAUAAAACACCAUCCACUACACAAACACCCGCUCACCCUCUACCAUUUACAGUAUCCUCAUAUCAAAGAGCUCCAAUCUAAAUAUUAUGAUCUAGGUUUCUUUGUGUGUAAUGGUUGUGGCCGAAAAUGCUGUGGUUUCAUGUACACAUGUUGUGAAAAGGAUUGUGUAUUUCAACUAGAUGCAAGGUGUGCUUCGCUUCCUGAUCCUAUAAUCCAUGACUGCCAUCCACAUAAGCACCCUCUCUUCUUCAAUUUGACCGAAGGUAAAUGCAUGGUUUGUAAGAUGACCUCAGGAUUAAGAAAGUACUUAGAAUGUAUUGAAUGCAGGUCCUUUUUGUGUCUUACUUGUGCUACCAUACCUCUGGUGACUCACUACAAGUACGAUAAACAUCCACUCACUCUUUGCUGCGGAGAAGAGAAUACAACAGAUCUGCAGUACUGGUGCGAGAUUUGUGAAUCAGAAAUAGAUGCAAGAAAGUGGUUCUACACAUGCAACUCUUGUUCAGUCACUCUUCAUGAUACUUGUUUACUGGGAGAUGAGGUCUACAUGAAGCCAAACCAUAUGAUCAAGAUGUAUGAAGGUGCUGAAACAAGUAUUGGUAUUGUACCCAACAGUGGUAACUCUAGACCAGUGUGUGAUGGAUGUAGACGCCGUUGUGUAGACACUUUGGUAGUCAAGACGUCUGGGAAAAACUAUUGUACUAUCAUGUGUUUCUUCGAUAUAUAUUAUCCAUGGUAGGACUUCUGCAAAAAGAAAGAUGGACUGAAGCAGCGACGAUUAAGGAUGCUAUAUGAAGAAAUCUAGUGUGUAUUUCUUUUUAAACUUUGAGAUUUUUAAUGUAUCUAAGUUGUCCUGUCGUUUCCAAUA